AUGCUCCGCCGUUCACACUCUGCUGCCCGUUCGGUGCUCUCAGGAGCUCCUUGUGUGCUGGCCACGUCCGGCACCCGAUGCCUGGCUUCGUCCACCCUCAACGGUGGUCUGACCCGCGAGCAAAUCCUGGCGCUGCCCUCCAUGCCCGCCAUCUCCCCUUCCUACCCCAUGGGACCGUACCGGUUCGUGAACCGGGAGUACUUCAUCGUGACCUACGAGACCGACAUGGACAGCCUGCGGCGCGUCAUCCCCGAACCCCUCGAGCCCAUCAGCAACCAAGUCCUAUAUGAGUGGAUCGCCAUGCCCGACAGCUCCGGCUUCGGCAGCUAUCAGGAGAGCGGGACGGUGGUGCCGUGCCUGUACGAGGGCAAGCCGGUCAACUACACCGUGCAGAUGUUCCUCAAUGACGAGCCGCCGAUCGCGUGCGGCCGCGAGAUCUGGGGAUUCCCCAAGAAGUACGCCGAAGCCGAGCUCCGCGUCGAGAAGGACACACUCACGGGCAUUCUGACGUACGGCGGGAGGCGCGCGGCGAUGGGCACCAUGGCCUACAAGUACAACCGGCUCGACAAGACCACAGCCACCAACUCCCUCAGCAAACUCAACUGCAACCUUAAGAUCAUUCCCGGAUACGACUUCAAGCCGCAGAUCGCGCAGCUGGUGGCCUACAAUCUGCAGGACAUUGAGGUGAUGGAGGCCUGGGAGGGUCCGGCGCGGCUCCACCUCAUCCCGCACGUCAACGCACCGGCGGCCGACCUGCCCGUCCGCAAGAUCGUGGGCGGCAAACACAUCCGGGCCAACCUGACCCUGCCCCACGGCUUCGUGCUACACGACUAUAUCUCCGAGCGAAAGAAGUCGGAGGCAAACUUCUACAUGAACGGCAACCCGCUGGCGGCGGCGGCCGAGAAAGCGAAAGCGACAGAGAAAGAGAAGGCGAAGGUGGCGCCACAGGAUGACAAGGCUGGGCUCACGAGGGAGAAGGUCCUCAACCUGCCCUCCAUGCCCGCCAUCUGCCCCAGCUACCCCGCGGCCCCUUCGCAGAUGAGCAACCGCGAGUACAUGAUCAUUUCGUACAAGACCGACCCCGAGGCCGUCAGGCGGUGGGUGCCCGAGCUUCUGCAGCCCGACGACAACGUCCACCUGUCCUGGGUCAAGACCGAGAGCUCUGGCUACGGCGUGUAUCAGAAAAUGACCGCGUCAGUGGGCUGCAAGUACAACGGCGAGGACUGCACCUUCCCGCUCAUGGCCAUCGUCAACUGUUCGUCGGCCAUCACUGCCGGCAGAGAAGUGCACGGCCAGCCCCAGAAGUUCGGCUUCCCGUCGCUGACGGUGGACAAGGACACGCUGUACGGUGAGACCAAGUACGGCCAGCAGGAGGUGGCGACCGGCAGCAUGGUCUACAAGCACCACCGCCUCGACCUCUCCCAGGCCUACAAGUUCUUCGAGAAGCCCGAGAUCAACCUCAAAGUCAUCCCCAGCGUCACCGGCGAGGCGGAGAUCGCGCAGCUGAUCAGCCUGCUGCCGAAGGAUGUCAAGAUCAAGGACGCCUGGCGCGGACCCGCCCGUCUCAACAUCAUCCCGCACGUGGGAACGUGCGAGGGCCACUACAUUGUCGUGGAGGACAUGGUGCUGCCCGAGGGCACUCUCAUUCACGACUACACCCUGGACGCUGGCAAGGAGGAUCACCAGCAGCAGUCCGAGCCCGCCGAGGCCUCUGCAGCCGCUCCCCAGCCGGGUACCGGCGACGCCUCGGACAGCGCCUCCCAGGAGGAGCGCUUCCGCCGCAGGAUGGAACGCUUCUUGCAGAUGCCGACCAUUGUGCAGUGA